AUGAGUGUGCCGUGCUUGUUGCGGGAGCUUUGUGAGCUGCCGCCAAUGGCGGUCAAGCAGAGUCAACAGUUCAAGUCCCUUGUAGCACUGAACCCAGACAAAGCUGAUCUAUUGACUGCCAUACCAACAGCCCAACAACAUUCUAUAUCCUCCCUCUACACUUUAUGCCAUCUCCUUAAGAAACUACCUGGUCCAUGGCCAGUCUUCCAACUCAUCAAGACUUACACAAGACUCUACACCCAACUCCCAGAAGAUGCCAAGACCAACAGCACUCACGAGCUUUCGUGCCUAAUCAAGCAAGCUUCAGCGCUAGUUAGGAGCUCGUAUACAUCCUUUGCGCAGUUCAUUGGCCACGAUGACAAGCCAGCCCUACGAGCCCCCACAGAUGAGGAUGUCAUCACCCAUCGCGAACUACGACAAUUCGUGGACAGCUUCCAACUUCCUGUUGAUGCAUGCAUCAAGAGACCUGUUGUUUCCAUCGCGUUACCAAACGGUCCGUUACUCGCAGCAACUUGCAUCGCUGUUACGACUUACUACACCGCAUCGCCAAUCAACCCCGCUGCAGCAGUAGAACAAUUCCGAGCAGACAUUCUUCAAGCGCGAGCUGACUUUAUCCUCACAACGAAGGAUGAGUACGAGAAACUACAGUUCGAUGCUAGCUGGGUAUCAGAUAACAAAAUCAAGAUCUUCAUCAUGGACUGGACUCGAGAUGAGGGCAUUUCGCUAAGGACAGUCGAUGGAGAAGCUAUCCCCACUGGCAGCGCUGAACGAGUCGCUAACAAGGCUGAUGACAUUGGGCUGAUCCUCUUCACAAGUGGAACAUCGGGUACCAAGAAGGUAGUCCCACUGACAGUGCACUCUAUCAUUGCCGGCGUCGCUUUCGUCAUUGAGUCGUGGGGUCUCACGGCUGAAGACAUCUGUCUGAACAUGAUGCCGCUCUACCACCCAACAUGGUACUACGCUUCACCGUCUAUGCACUCUAUCAUCAUCGCAGAGGCAGCAGCGCGACCAGAAGCUUUGCGAAAAAGUCGGAUACGAUUGGCUUGUAACGCUGCUGGGGGUUUACUACCUUCUUUGGCGUAUCAACUGAGGGACACGUUCAACUGUAUUGUCUUACCAAGCUAUGGAAUGACAGAGUGCAUGCCAAUUUCCAUACCUCCACUAGAUUAUCGUCUUGAUCCCGAAGGUACAUCAGGUAUCAGCACCGGCCCCGAACUCACCAUCCUCGACUGGUCUGAACAAGUCGUCACAAACGGCACAGUCGGUCGCAUCUGCGUUCGCGGCGAACCUGUCUUCCCUGGAUAUCUCAAACCCGAUGGUACAUACGACAAGUCGCCCUUUAACGAGGCUGGCUGGUUCGAUACCGGUGAUCUUGGAUACAUGGACGACGAUGGCUAUCUUUACAUCACUGGUCGUAGUAAAGAGGUCAUCAACCGUGGUGGAGAGUUGAUAUCUCCAUUUGAGGUUGAGAAUACCAUCAUGACGGCUUCGAGAGAGAGUGACUCGCCCAUCUACGGGAGGGUUUCACAGGCUUUGGCGUUUUCAGCAUCGCAUGCUGUUCUUCAAGAAGUCGUCGCUAUUGUCCUCGUCACACCUCCCGAUACUCCACGUGUUGAUCUGAGGACUCUUCAUGGCGCGUUGAAGUCUUCUCUUCAGCAGGCAAAGUGGCCCGUCUCAAUCACUUACAUGGAAGACCUUCCAAAGAACAACAACAAGGUUCUACGUAUCAAACUUGGUCAAAGACUCGGCCUUCCUUCUGUUACUGAUGACACGCCUUAUAUGGGUAGGCAUUGGGAUGCAGUUUGUCCUCCAGCUGAUACGCCCUUGUCGGAGCCUAUCCAAUGCUUGCCUUGCUCUGUUGACUAUACUAAGCUUACGGCUCAUAUCCAGAAAGUCGCUCCAGACAUGGAUGUCUUCUGCCUUCCUAGCACACAUGAUGGUUCUCCAGAAGCGGUUCUUGCGCCCAAGGUUGAAAGUACUGUUGACUCUGAGGUUCUUGUUGACAUUCGACAACAAUUGAUCUUAGUCAUCGACAACUACAUGAUCCCUACCGAGAUUCACAUCAUGCCUCACCCAUUCCACAAAGACACAUCCGGAAACAUCAACGUCGAAGUACUCCGCGCAGAACUUGAGCAACUUCAAAUGGCUUCUAUGAACGAACUAGCUGCCAGCACAGAAGGACUCGUCACCAAAGCCUUUGCCGAAGUCCUAUCGCUCCCACCCGCAGACAUUCCCCGCGACGUAGACUUCUUUAGUCUCGGUGGUGACUCCCUUCGCGCCGGUCGUCUUCUCUCAAUGCUUCGUACCGAGUUCAGCAUUAGUCUCCCCAUCACAGCAGUCUUCAACGGCGGCACUGUUACUUCCAUCGCUGCACGAACCCAAGGCUGUUGUCGGAUGUACCGAGACUUGCAGUUCCACCAACCCCUUCCUCAUGAUCCUUCAACUCUUCCCCUCGUGAUAUUCUACCCCCCCCGCCGCGCCGUCCAAUGGACUAUCUUCUUCGUAACACUCGCGCACUCCCAGAAACUCCCCACCAAUCACUCCCUCCCCGGCCGUUUUCUCAACCUCACCGUCUCCAUGCUCACCGCCCGUAUCAUCAUGGGCUUUGUAUCACCCAUCAUUGGCAUCAUCUGCAAAUGGCUCAUCAUCGGCCGCUAUCGCGAAGGACUAUACCCCAUGUGGGGAAUGUAUCAUACCCGAUGGUGGCUUGUACAAAAGAUUGUUGCUAUCUGCGGCAAGGGCUUCUUUGAUGCGAAUGAGAUGACGGAGAGGAUUUACUGUCGGCUUAUGGGGGCCAAGAUUGGCAGGAAUGUCAAGAUUGAGGGUGCGGUGAUUGGGGAGUGGGAUUUGAUUGACAUUGGGGAUGAUUGUAAUCUCACAAAGUGCAUCUGUCGACCUUUUGCGGCUGAGGGGAACACGUCGAUGUACCUUGGUCGCAUCGCCGUUGGAAGCAACUGCUCUGUUGGGAUGUCUUCCAUCAUUGCGCCUGGAACGACAAUGCCACCUGAUACAUGCCUAGGCUUCAACUCAUCGAGCUGGGAGAUGCAAGACGCGAGCGAGGAGUACAGGGACCAACUUCCAAGCGAGAAGCCCAAGCCUCACUGGGUGUUGAACCUGCUCUUCACUAUGCCACUGAAACUCAUCGGUCUAUUCCUCUCGGCAGUUCCUUGGAUGGCCGGUCUUGUCGGUAUGGUAACUACACAGGGUCAAAAGGUUAACCACAAGGCUCCAUUGAGAAGCAGCGUGGACUGGUUCACUCAACCAAACCAAAUCGCCUACCAUUACCUCGCUCUUGCUCUCGGAUGCCUUUUCGGUCCGUUCUUCCUCUUCGGGUUUGUCAUCUUGAUCAAGUCUACUCUGGACUGCUUCCUUGGAAAGCUCAAAGCCAAUUCGCGAUCGACGGUGGAUAUCUGGAGAGCGCACUUGACCAAGACGCUUUUGCCGGAGGGGAAGCUUCAUCGGAUGACUUCUUUGUUUGGGCAGCAUUACGAGGCUACGUCUAUUGCGUUAAGAAUGUUGGGUGCCAAGAUUGGUGAGCGUGUGUACUGGCCUGGUACUGGUCCUAGUAUCGGCGACUACCAUCUCAUUGACGUUGGUAACGAUGUAGUCUUUGGCUCACGUUCUCAUCUCGUCACUUCUGAUGGGAUCGGGUCUGAGAAGGUCACCAUCCAAGACCGCGCCAUGAUCGCUGAUCGUGUUUGUCUUCUCCCUGGUGUCACAGUCGGUGAGCGUACUACCAUGGGAUCUGGUGCCUUGACCAAGCGAAAUGGCAACUAUGUCUCUGACGGGACCUAUGUCGGCUCCAAGGCAGGCGAUGCAGUCUGUUUGUCAACCGGUAGUGACAUCAAAGUCUCUCGCUCUCAUAUCCGCAACAUGCAGUCAGAGGAUACCCUCACCAAUGACAAGAAGUUCAACGACGAGAAGGACCGUCCUGAUACACAGCCCAGCAUCACAUCUGAAAGUGGCACUGAGGGCAGUGAAGGCAAAGAUGACUGGGCACAGCAUCUCUCUCCAUUCGGUCGAGCCUUCUACCUCAAGCUAGCACCUUACCAUGUCCUAGGUCCCUUCGCAAUAUUCCUCUACUCUGCCUUCUUCACCGUCUUCACCGCUGUGUACUGGGAUGUUCCCAGCGUUUCAUCCAUUCAAUUCGUGGGUAUCAUGUUCCGAAGCUCUUUUCCCCGUGGCAUGAACGUCUGGUUUGACCUUGUCGCUAUCUUCCUAACCAUGCUGGCUGGUAUCGCUGUCCUCUCCACGACCCAAUCCGUUCUUGCGUUGGCAAUUAUCAUUGGAUCAAAGUGGCUACUCAUGGGCCGUCGCAAGGCUGGUAACUACGAUUGGGACAAGUCUCCGUACUGCCAGCGCUGGCAGAUCUUUCUCGGCAUUGAGCGCCUUCGCCGACAAUGCUACAAAGGGAAUGGUAUUCUGAACCUCCUCACGGGGACUCACUGGAUGGUCAUUUACUUCAAGCUCAUGGGUGCCAAGAUUGGCAAAGACUGCGCACUCUUCGUCAACGGUACCCCGAGCCUCAUGUUUACUGAACCGGAUCUUAUCACCCUUGGUGAUCGUGUUGUCAUUGAUGAUGCCAGCGUUGUCGCACACAUCAACACACGUGGCAAGUUCGACUUGAACAAGGUUGAGAUUGGCGACAGAUGUGUACUCCGAACAGGAAGUCGACUUUUGAGUGGUGCGCAGAUGAAGAGUGAUAGCUGCUUGCUGGAACAUACCCUUAUCAUGGGUGGCGAUGUUGUGGAGGAGAGGAGGACAAUGCAGGGUUGGCCGGCGGAGGAGUUUAGCGGAAAACGGAUUUGA